GGCAAGCCGAAUGACCGGUGGCUUACGGGCAUGGUCACGCAGAAGCGGGAUUUUGGCUGCUUCGUUGCCUUUCGCGUUCCCGGCGUGGAGGGCACCGCACAGGGCCUCGUCUAUCGGACAGAGCUCAAGGGCUCCCCGGACGUCAUGGACGAAGUGAAGGUUCGAGUUGUCAACAUCGACGACUCCAACAAGAUUAGCCUUUCUAUGAUGUCCUCGGCAGGUGCUUUCGCGCCCUUCUAUGACAUGAAAGACAAGUGGGUGGAAGGCAUUGUGAAGAACUUCGCUGACUUCGGAGCAUUCGUCCAGGUCGAAUCGCCGGAGGGGGGCACCGUCGACGGUUUAUUGCCGAAUCGUGAAAUCUCGGACGAGAGGAUCGAGGAUCCAGCAGAGGUCCUGGAG